GGUCCAGAAGGUUAUCCUGAAGCAGGACCACAUGACUUAUGGCCAGCUGGACGAUCAGAUAUGCCUCAAAUCAAAGCUUUGAAUGUCAAGUGUGAGAAGAAUCACAUGAAGGUUAAUAUUGAGUUUGACCGUCCAUUUUAUGGCAUGAUCUUUAGUAAGGGUCACUAUAGUGACCAUAACUGUGUCCAUUUACCUCCAGGUACCGGCCAUGAAUACGUUAAUUUUGAAAUAUUUCUAGGUAAAUGUGGGAUGACCAGUAGCCAACAACAGCAUGGGUCACAUGGUGGCGAGGGAGGAUAUGGCGGCGGUCUGUUUAUCGAGAAUACGGUUAUAAUCCAGUACGAUCCCCAGCUCCAAGAGAUCUGGGACCAGGCCCGCAGGCUUCGCUGUACUUGGUAUGACUUCUAUGAAAAGGCCGUGACUUUUCGACCUUUCAACGUAGACAUGUUGGAUGCUGUAACAGCCAACUUCCUGGGUGACAACAUUCAGUGCUGGAUGCAGAUCCAAGUAGGCAAGGGACCUUGGGCUAGUGAGGUAGCCGGAAUUGUCAAGAUUGGCCAAACAAUGACUAUGGUUCUUGCCAUCAAGGACGAUGAACACAAGUUUGACAUGCUUGUGAGAAACUGCAUUGCUCAUGAUGGUAAAAGUCAACCAAUUCAAUUAGUUGAUAAUUACGGUUGUACAGUGAGACCGAAGAUAAUGAGCAGAUUUCAGAAAGUGAAGAACUUUGGUGCAUCUGCUUCUGUUAUUUCAUAUGCCUACUUCCAAGCUUUCAAGUUCCCAGACUCCAUGAAUGUCCAUUUCCAAUGUGUGAUCCAGGUAUGUAGGCAUGAGUGCCCUAUCCCACAGUGUGGUGAAGAUUUGGCUGGAGGCUAUUUGCCUGCUCCUCGCGUUCCAUCUGCUGCUUAUUCAGAGACAAAUCCAACCUAUACUGGUACUAAGCAUACUAAGCUCCCAGUGAAAGAAAAACGACCAAACUCCAACUCAGAUUCAGCACAGUACUCGGGAUCUAAUAAUCCCGUCGAUGAGGAUUACCCGGCAGUGUUCUUUCAUCGUAAUGGCGAACAGCUCCCAGCAGAAAAAAGUGACUUGAAAAUCUCCACUGGAUAUGCUGUAUCUGGUACAGGAGGUGUAGGCAUGCCUCGCUCUAGUGAUGCCUCUCCGAGGUCAAAAGAACUAGAAUCCAAUAGUACAAAAAGACGCCGUCGGCAAAUCCCAGAAGCCACAGAUAUCCAGACUCACCGGAUUAUUCAAGUAGUUGCUCCUGGUGAUGUAGACUUUACAUUACCUCUUCAAGGAACUAAAGAAACUCUUGUAGACGUGUACUCUAGUGUCUCUGAAUUUAAAGCUAACGCCAUCUGUAUGUCAGUUCCAGGGUUUGCUGCUGGUUUAAUAAUUCUCUUGCUGCUUCUAAUUGUCUCUUCAUUAGUGGCUGCUUUCCUCUUCCUCCGUGUGCGCCAUCUAAUGAGAAAAGACAUUCCCUCUGAGGAAAAGGUGAUAUGUUACGAAAACCCAGAAUUUGUGAAAACAUCUGCUGUACCAGGAGUACAGUGA